CCGAAGGCCACCCCUCUGGACCUUUGUCAGACGUGGGAGUCCGGGGCCCAGGCCACGCAGCUGUCUCGGCUGCAGGCGGGCGAUCGGGCCCCUGCGUCCCGCCCGAGGGAGGAGGCCAUGCUGCUGGCGCCCGCCGCGCCCAUGCGCACGGCAGCAUGGCCGGCGGCGUGGCCGGCGAUGCGGGGCGGAGGCGCUCCGCCCCGGGCGACGCCCAGCGCGGCGCGGGCAAAGCCGCCGGGGGCGCCGCCGGCGAUGGCGAGCGCCGCGCUGGCGGCGGCGGCGGCGGCGGUCGCCCGGCGUGCCCGUCGCCCCGCGCCUGGCAGGCUGCCGCCGUCAAGGGGCUCAGCGGCGGUGCGCAGGGUACGCAGGGACCUGCACUUGGACGGCUACCCCGUCCACGGGCCAGGGUAUUACUGGUCGUUGAGCAAGUGCUCGGAGUUCGUCAAGAUCUUCAUGCCGAUAGCCGACGAUGUCUCCUCGAAGGACAUUAUCUACUCGUUCUCCGACUGGACGUUGAAGUUGGGCAUCCAGCCAGAGAAGGGCGACAUGGUCAUCGACGACAAGGUUUUGUACAAGGUUGACAUGAACGAGUCUUACUUCGUCAUCGACGACGGCGAGUACGGAGAGCGGUGCGUCGUCGUGUGGCUCUGCAAGUACGGUAAGGAGAACGACUGGUACGCCUACGACCGUUUCUCACCUGCGUGGGAACGCUUUCUCCUCGAGGGCGAGAAGCGCCGAGCGGAUCUGACCUUCAAGAUCACGGACAAGGCCUACCUUGACAUAGCCGUCGACGGCAAGGAAUUCGGUCGCGUAGUAUUGGGCUUGUACGGAGAGAUUUGCCCGCGCACGGUGAAGAAUUUCCUUUGCCUCUGCACGGGUGAAAAGGGCGAGGGUGAGGAGGGGCCCUUGCACUACAAAGACACCAGGAUCCACAGGAUAGUCAAGGGCUUCUGUAUCCAGGGUGGGCAGACGUUCGAGACGGAGGACGGCGACGGCGGCGAGUCCAUCUAUGGCGGGCUAUUCGAAGACGAGAACCUCCGAGUGAAGUUCAGGAUCAAGGCCCGGUAUCAUCGGCAUGGCGAAUGGCGGCCCCGACACGAACGGCUCUCAGUUCUUCAUCACCACUGUGAAAGCCGACCACAUCAGCCACAAGUGUGUCGCCUUCGGCGAAGUUUUGGAGGGGUUCAAGGUGGUCAGUGCUUUGGAGAGCCUUGCCGAUCCAUACGGUGAGCCAACAAAAGAGAUUACAAUCGCCGAUUGUGGCGUCAUGGAGAUGACCGAGGCGGAGAUUCUGGAGCAGGAUUGAGAAGCCGCUGACGAGCCGAGACUACGAGGAGAUGGGCGGAGACGCGCGCCAUGCGGAGAUCAUGAAGCAGAUCGACAGGUCGCUGAAGGAGCAGCACGCUCAGGGCAUGGCCUGAAGCCAUGCCCUCCAGUCUCUUCCUCUUCCUGCUCUUCGUCCUCAUCGUCACUAUCACCCUCGUACUUCUAUGCUCCUCGCAUCUCCGCCUCUGACAGCGCCGCAUCCCGCCCGGCGGGGGGGUGGCCUGGAUGCGCUUGAGUGGCGCAUCGCUGUGCAGCUGUGGCUCGUCAUCUCAGGCAGGCCCCGAGUUCUGAAGCCUCCAGCCCGUGUGCCACCCGCAAGGGGUGAUUUGGCAAUCCGAUAAGGUUGAGGAGGAGCAGGAAGCGGAGCCCGACGAAGAUUGAUGAUGUCUUCUCCGUCCCGCUCCAGCUUGCUGCGAUUGCGCGGUGCAUGAGAUCACUGGCUUGAGACCAGCCUUGAGGCGCAGCUUGAGAUCGCGUGUUCCGCCGACAGAUGUUUGGUUGGCGAUCUCUGCGUUGUUCACACGUUUCACGGCGCGUCUUUG